AAAAUUUUACGACUUUGACAUUUAACAAAGUGCCAGGUGCCUAUUGGCCUAUUACAUUCGUUCCAAUUUCUAUUUCGACAGAACUCAGAAGCAGUGUACACUUUAAAAGCGAAUUUCUUUCUAUGAGUGACUUAAAUAGCACUUACAAGUGUUUACUCCAAGUUGAUCACUCUGAAUAUUUUAUUCAGAGUUUGUUUUUAAAGCUGUGAGACGUAGUCAAUCUGUAUGCAACUGUUACGCGUCGCCUCGACUAUGUCUUACCAAGGAUCACCUUAUUCCGGCCCUGGAGAUGAAUAUGACUUUGAAGACGAUGGGUAUGACGAUUUAGAUGAAUACCGGGAUCCAGAAGAUGCAAUACCACCGCCUCUUGUGGAUGAUAGUGACGAAGAUACGGAGGAGGCAAGUGAAGUAGAAUUACCUAACAAUGAUGAACCACAUGACAUCAAAGAGCAAAUGUACCAAGACAAACUGGUGAAUCUCAAAAAACAGUUGCAGCAAUUGGAAGACAAUAUUUACCCCGAGUUUACAAAGCGUGUGAAAAGACUGGAACACCAACUGCAUGAGAGGUUACGGCUAAAUAAGAUAUACAAAGAGCACAUGUAUGAGGUAGUGGAAAGGGAAUACAUAGCGGAGAAGAAAGCUGCCGCCAAAGAGUUUGAAGAUAAAAAGAUAGAACUGCGAGAGAAUCUGCUCAAUGAUCUUGAAGAGAAAAAGAAGCUUAUUGAGAGUGAACGCCACAGCAUGGAGCUCAAUGGAGACUCGAUAGAGGUGAAGCCGCCGAUGAAGCGAAUACUGCGGCGGCGGGCGAAUGAGCCCGCGCCGGUGCCGGAGAAGCGGCGCAAACCGCUCGCCACGACGCUCACGUUCCAGCUGGACGAGCGCGACAUCGACGCCGACCUGCGCGCCAUCGCGCGCGCCUCGCCGCUCUCCAGGCAUGCGCACGCGCAGCCGAGGAAACACGUCAACUCCAACAGCUGCGAGUCCCCGGUGCGCGAGGGCGGCGAGCGCGAGGCGGGCGACACGCGCGUGGAGGACGGCAAGCUGCUGUACGAGCGGCGCUGGUUCCACCGCGGCCAGUCACUAACUACAAUAAAUUGAAUUAUUAAUCUCUUUUUUUAUUAUUUUCAGAUAUGCGUGAAAAAGACGAAUUCGGAGCGAGUCAGGAUAUUCGUGUCUCAGCUGGCGCGCGGGAAAGUGACACUAAAGAGACGUGCCUCCUAAGUGUUAGUGUGCAGUGUUAUAGUGUAAAUAGUGUGUAAGUGCUAUGUGCGUAGUACAGCUAGAUUUGUGAGUAAAUGUGUAUGAUACAUUGUUUUUGCAUAUUGUAUUCGGAAAGAUUAUAUGAUAUAAAUUAUUAAUAGUAUAAAUGUAUAUUUAAAAUUGUGUAUAUUGAGAAACAGUGGUAUAUUUAGUAUUUACGCGAAAAACAUCAGUGAGAAAAAUGUCGUAGUUUCUGAAAACAUAUUAUUGAAAUGGCGAAAUUGGUAUGAAAUGACUUUAUGGCAUUUUUUUAAAUUAUUUAGUCUGGUUAUAGAUAUAUUUCUAUAUAUCCGAUAUAUCCGAAGGCCGAUGGCGGUUGUUGAGUGAAAAAAUAGCCUGUGUUUUGUUCAAUGUUCAGAACGUGUCGUGGCUUCAUUGUCACAAAUCAUUGGGGGCGAAAAGCAAGUCAGUCACAACACGAAUUUCUAGACGUGGAUCUUUAAUUGCGCUAUAUUUCUUCUCAAUGAGCGUUUUAGAUUUUUUGAGACUUACAUAUGUAACAUGGUCCCUUAAAAAAAUGUUUUUAUUUAUGUACCAAAAUACGGUUCUGACACAUUAUUUUUAACCAUUUAAGUGCUUUUUUUUCAUUGUUUAAAUAUAUUGGAAUGAAGUAUGAACUUCUGAAUACAAAAUUUUAGACUUCCAGUUCACAAUUAUUUUGUUGUAUGAAAUAUAUUAACAAAUCUGCAAUGGGUUAAGCAGUUAAUUGACUUCUAUGUUGUAAAGAGCAUUUUUAAGAGACUGGCCCCUUUAUUUUUUUAAUUGGCAUCAUUAGUAACUGUCAGAGCUUUCUCGAAUUUUUAUGCAAUUUUAUUUUACUUAAAGGGGGUUAACACCAUUAUUAAAAAGAAAUUUGCUUAUUUCAAAUUGAUUUUGUAAUUCCUUCUAUUAAUAAGGUAAAUUAUUAUAUGAAAUAUUGUGCACAAGGUCCUAUGAUUUUCUGAUUCUAAUAAAUUAUUCCUAAAGGUCCUUUCACUUACUGUAAACCAAACUUUUGAUUGAAACAUAUAGAGUUCUUAAGGCUGAAAUAAUUUAAAAUCCAACCAACUAUCAAAAAGUACUGUACAGUAUAUGAGACAUUAUAAUGGAUAUGAAAUUUAUCAAGUCUUUAUAAAGUUGAUAAAACUUAUGAAACAAUUUGCAUAUUCCAAAAGCUAUUAUAUAUCAUAGGGACAUUCUGUAUGAAUUUUCUGUUACAUGACAAAUUGUAUUUGUUUUAUAACAAUGUAUUAUUUGGUUCUUAUGUAAAUAAUUUAUGGUAUAAUUACGCAAUAAGUGUACAGGGUCGGAACAUGUAUAGGUGUUCACUCUGAUAUAAAGCACAAAUGUUUACUAUAAUAAAUAAUUAUAUGGCAAUUGUGAUGAAGUUCUUAUAUGAAUGUAUAAUAAAGUCCUAAUAGCAUUGUAAAUAUGUAUUGAGUUUAAAUUUUACAACCUAUUUAUAAUAUAAAUGGAUUAGGUUUCGGUUUGCAAUUUUUAAUUUUAUAAAUAUUCAAAGAAAUAUUGUGAUUCUAUAGUAAUAUAACUUAUAGUAUCAGCUGGACGUCUAUAGCCCCAUUAAAUUGUGUUUAGCUGGCUAACUUGAACAAACAUAUGAACAAAAAA